UCCAAGGACGGCUGCUACUUCUUGAUCAGCCCCAAAAUCAUUUUGUUGUUGAUCAGCAAAGUGAUUUAAAUCUGCCAUUUUUCUUCCCACUGAUCUCGAAACUUUGUGACUGGAGUGUGAACACCACCCUAAAAUCCAGGCUGUGAAUCAGGCGUGCAGGCCUGCCUAAAUGAAAACAUUGAAGUUGUUUAUAGUAAAUAUUUUUAUUUUCUUUCUAUUUCUUACGAUUGCUGUACUUGGAUAAUUUUUGCAAGUAUCUGCAAGUAUAUCUAAGACUCUGAAAAUAUGGAUGAUGAAAAUUUAUCUAGAAACACGGUAGGAAAACUCUUGUGAUCUUAUUAAAAAUUAUUUGAUUUCGAUAUACAGUAUAUAAAAUCGUAAAAAUCCAUAUAUGAUAUUAUUAAAUCCAAGCAGAUUACUGUAACGGUUUUAGUGAACACAUUUUAAUCUAAUCCUUUGAUCCAGAUUGGUAAACCUAGCUUAAUCUGGCUAAACUUAAUAUGGAUAAAUUAUUUAAUUAUUAGGUACCGUUGCAAUACUGUCGCCAUGGUCCUACCCGGCUUAUGAGAGCCAUUCACCCCCCUGAAAAUAUUCAAAAUGGUACAAGUUCAAGGGGAUGAAUGUCUCUCAUAACCGCACUGGCUAGAAAAAUGGCGACAGCAUUGUUAUGACGAACAAGAUGGCAGGUAGGCAUUUACUUGGGCAACUCACAUAUACCAGAGAAAAAAAAAAAAAACCCGAAUUUUUGACUCUGUUGACAUAGUCGCCGAAGUACUGCGGAUUCAGGUAGACCAUUUAAUGCGAAUAGUUGUCGUGUUAGUUUUAACAGUUGUACGAUGACGUUUCUAGGCAGAUUUUCGACGUUUCUAAGGCGUGGCUUCAAUGUUUAUUUUUAAAAUUUGAACGUUGUAAUUACAAGGUAAUUGCUAAAUAGUAUACCUCAACAUAAGGUUUCCGUUUUUAUAAUGUAGAAAAAAUCAUCCUAACGCAAAACUAAACCCUAACCUAACCCUAACUUAUUUAAAAAAUUGAUAUAAAAACGGAAACCUUAUUUUGAAGUAUACUAUCUGGCAAUUACCUUGUAAUUACAACGUUCAAAUUUUAAAAAUAAACGUUGAAGCCACGCCUUAGAAACGUCAUCGUACAACUGUUAAAACUAACGUGACAACUAUUCGCAUUAAACGGUUUACCUGAAUCCACAGUAAUUAUUGAGAAUCAUGGCAGUGGUUACACUUGGGGUUGGCUGGCUUUCUGUAGUCUGUAUGGUCUCUAUUCUGUGAACUUAUAUUUUUAUUCUGUCUGACACCAGAUGACUUUACUCGUCAAGGGAAAAGAAAAAAAAAAAUGGAAAAAAAAAGAAAAAAGUGUUGGGCGUUAUUAAUUACCUACUCUCGCAGACUUUGUUUGGAACAUGACUGAGAAGUGUUUUUAUUGUUUUGAAAACAAGUUUUCCAUCUUACAAGAUUUUUGUCAAAUUUAGAAAGCCUUACGGAGAGAUAUAAAGCGAGCAAAGAUCUUUGCCGUACAACAUCUCACAAGAAGAAUUAAAAUGUUAAAAAAUAAAAGGUAUGGUAGUAAAUUGCCUUGCGCAUCUUAUCAAUAUGGCCAAAUUACUCAAUGUACCCUAUAUAUAUUAUUUUACUCUGUCUAAUGCCAGACAAUUUUACUUGUCAAGGGGAGAGUGCUGACCCUUAAUGGGUUAAUCAGAUUAUCUGCUUGUGCAUUUAGUUAACCCAUUGAGUGACAGCAGUCUCUCCUUGAUAAGUAAAAUCGUCAGGUGUUAGACAGAGUAUUUUAUUCUUAUUUUAUAGAGGGACAGAGCAACAAGUUGAGAAAAACACGAGAAAAGCAACUAGAUUUUAUGAAGAACUUGAGUAUAUUAAAGUAAUGUAAAAGUUGAUGCUUUAUUUUGUGAUCAAAUAAAUAAAUAUUAUAUAUCACUAAGAUCAAAGCAUUACAACUUAUAUGCAUCAAUAUUCAUCAGGAACUUGACAUCGAUACUGUCAUAAAAAAGAUCCAAAAUAAAGACUCAAGUGAUUCUAUGGUGGUAGGUUUAAUUUUGAUAUUACCUAAGUAUGGGACAUUCUAAAUCCAGAUCCCCCCCUGAAAAUAUAUAGUGUGGAUCACCCCCUUGUAUAUAUACAGUAGUAUGAAUCACCCACCCACCCCACACCCCUGAAAAUAUCUAGGCUGGAUCACCUCCUAAAAAUAUCUUUGUUGGACCACAUACCCCAUCCCUGAAAAUAUCUACAACCCUUGGAUAGGUGCGCUUCUAAAUCUGUACUUGUCCCCGCUUGGAUUUGCAACUGUUGCCACAAAAAUCCAAUCUAAAUAAUCUCAUCCCCGAUGUAACAUUUGCAACAAAAAUGUAUGUUGUAGGUUACCGCAGAGGAGGUUGAACAACGCGCUUUGGAUCGACUCAUUUCAUCAAAACCAAUUCAGGAUCAUUUAAAACUAUCAAAUACUACAUGUGCAAAAAGUAACCUUGUUUAAUUCUUGUGUAUCACAAAAUUCAUUCCUCCUACUUACCUUUCUCAGUCGUUUGACUUUAAUUUCUUUUCCUAUUUCUCUUUUCCUUUGCCAGUACAAUCCUCUCUCAAUGAUCCAGCUGUUAGAUCUGCAAAGAAAGCCAAGACAAAGCUCAAACUGAAGCAAGAAAAUCUCACCAUUCCCACCAUCCCGACAUCGAUACCUUCUUCAGCAAGUGACAACGACUCUUGCCAGUCAGACAAUGAAAUAGAACUGGAGAGAACUCCAAGCUCAUUUUUUGUUCAGAGUUUAUCGUCUGUGAAGAAACGUGACCCACAUAGCACAAGACAAAAUGGCAAACCUGGAAAACAGAAAGAGAACAACUUAAAUAAUAAAUCUAGAAGCAAUAAGAAACCUCAAAAGGUAUAUUACACUGGCUGACAUUGACCAUAUAUUCGUGGGUUUGAACUGGUUCAAAUUUUGAUCAGAGUUUUCGCCAUGCCCGCGAUAAUACCCAGUCAACUUUCAUCAACUCUCAUGCAACUCUUGUUCUCGUUUGACCAGGACAUGCAUAAAACUCUCAUGCAAACUCUCGUUUCUGAACUCUUAUCAACUCUCAUGCAACUCUUGUUCUCGUUUGACCAGGACAUGAGAGUUGAGAAAACUCUUAUGCAAACUCUCGCUUCUCAACUCUUAUCAACUCUCAUGCAACUCUUGUUCUCGUUUUUAUAUUAGGAACGCAAGAAAUCAUCAAACAGAAUGGGGCAAAGAGCACGACAAAGGUAUAAAAUAAUGCCUAUUCUAUUGCUGAGAUGAUAUCUCAAACGUGGUUAUCCAUUGUAGGUCUUACAUUUGUUGGUAUGCUUUGUAUUUGUUUAGAGUUUGGAAAGAACAGUAUGGUAAGAAGGCGAACCACGUCAAGUCCAGUGAUAAAAUGGCAAAACCAAAACAGGACAAGACUCGCAAGAAAUUGAUGACGAACGCAAAUCAAAAACGGAGACAAGAAACAAACAUGAAUAAAGGUUAGUCUUAUUCUAAUAUUUUAAGAUUAAAGCGAAUAGUUAUGGACGAAUUAGGACGUAGCUUUUAGUUUUCAUAAAUCUAGAAUAAGUCAAAACAAUGGAUGCCAAAACAAUGGAAUAUUCUGAUCACUGGAUCAUGACUGGAUGACAUGAAGAACAGUGGAAUUUUCAAAACAAUGAAAAGGCAAUGGGACAUUCUGAUCACUGAAUCAUGACUGGAUGACAUGGAGAACAGUGAAAUUUUCAAUACAAUGAAAAGACAAUGGAACAUUCCGAUCACUGGAUCAUGACUGGAUGGCAUGGAGAACAGUGAAAUUUUCAAUACAAUGAAAAGACAAUGGAACAUUCCGAUCACUGGAUCAUGACUGGAUGGCAUGGAGAACAGUGAGAUUUUCAAAACAAUGAAAAGACAAUGGAACAUUCUGAUCACUGGAUCAUAACUGAAUGGCAUGGAGAACAGUGGGAUUUUCAAAACAAUGAAAAGACAAUGGAACAUUCAGAUCACUGGAUCAUGACUGGAUGUCAUGGAGAACGGUGGGAUUCUCAAAACAAUGAAAAGACAAUGGAACAUUCUGAUCACUGGAUCAUGACUGAAUGGCAUGGAGAACAGUGGGAUUUUCAAAACAAUGAAAAGACAAUGGAACAUUCUGAUCACUGGAUCGUGACUGGAUGGCAUUAUUGUCAUGCGAAGACUUACAAAUCUGAUUUUUAUUUGCAGGCGCCAAGAGAAAAGGGAACUCUGUGGAAGAAACGGCAAGUCAUCCAUCAUGGGAAGCAAGCAAACGACGAAAACUUCAACAAAAUAUCAGUCAGACAAAAUUUCAAGGACAGAAAAUUACUUUUGAUGAUAGUGACUAAAAGAACUAAUGACUUAAGCGAAACUUUCUGUACAGUGUACAUUUAUUUAAUGCAUGCACAACAAAAUAGAUAUAAUAUAUAAGGCAAAAUUCAAUGUACUGUUUUUUCACUUUUGUUGGUUUCAGUAAAGUCAUGUAAGUUUCCAUAUCCUUUCUCAACGGCCAGAUUAUAAUAGUUUUUACCCUAUAAAACACAUACAAAUCAUAUGUAUUCUCUAUUUGUAAUUACUCUGCCUAUGUUCAGUUCUAAACUGUUGUAUUUCGGCUGCUGAGAAAGAUCGUGACUCAAUCUUUGCGACCAUAUGGAAACCAGGCUUAAACGUUACACGACAGCAGCUGGUGAUCAACUUCAAUGAUGUCGAGACUCUUGAGACCAAGAAAAUUGAACUGCUUGCUUACACUAUCAAAGUUUCUGUGAUCACAGUAGGAAUUUUGCAUAUAGGUAUAAAUUCUAAGUUUUGAAGGAUUUGUAAGAAAUGUUUCAGGGAACUGACAUACUAUUAAACACUGAGUCAGUUUCCUGAAACAUUUCAUACAAAUCCUUCAAAAUUUAGAAUUUACCUAUGCAAAAUUCCUAUUAUGAUCACAGAAGCUUUGAUAGUGUAAACUAGGUUUUAAUUCUAUUUUAUUAAUCACCAAAUGCC